GAAGGCAGAGAAGCUGGAAACAGCGCCGGGAGCGCGUUCCCGAGCUGAGAGCGCAGACCCGGGAGGCCAAACCGGUGUGCUUAAAUUAAACCUGGGUGAGCCGGAGCGGGACUCAGACCCCUCGAGCGUGGCGCACCGGCCGCGCCGAGGCGCAAAAGGCGGAGUCCGGGGGAUCUGGGGAUCGCCCGGGGUACAGAGCUUCAGAGGCUGGAGGGGCUAAGAAAAGUGACCAUGGAGAACAACCAAACAUCAGUGGAUUCAAAAUCCAUUAAUAAUUUUGAAGUAAAGACCAUACAUGGAAGCAAGUCAGUGGACUCUGGGAUCUAUCUGGACAGUAGUUACAAAAUGGAUUAUCCUGAAAUGGGCUUGUGCAUCAUAAUUAAUAAUAAGAACUUCCAAAAGAGCACUGGAAUGUCAUCUCGCACUGGUACGGAUGUGGACGCAGCCAACCUCAGAGAAACAUUCAUGGGCCUGAAAUACGAAGUCAGGAAUAAAAAUGAUCUUACUCGUGAGGACAUUUUGGAAUUAAUGGAUAGUGUGUCUAAGGAAGACCAUAGCAAACGGAGCAGCUUUGUUUGUGUGAUUCUAAGUCAUGGUGAUGAAGGGGUAAUUUAUGGAACAAAUGGGCCUGUUGACCUGAAAAAGUUAACGAGUUUCUUCAGAGGCGACUACUGCCGGAGUCUGACUGGGAAGCCGAAACUCUUCAUCAUUCAGGCCUGUCGGGGUACGGAGCUGGACUGCGGCAUUGAGACAGACAGUGGAACUGACGAGGAUAUGGCUUGCCAGAAGAUACCGGUGGAGGCCGACUUCCUGUAUGCUUACUCUACAGCACCCGGUUACUAUUCCUGGAGAAAUUCAAAGGACGGGUCGUGGUUCAUCCAGUCCCUUUGCGCCAUGCUGAAGCUGUACGCGCACAAGCUAGAAUUUAUGCACAUUCUCACUCGUGUUAACCGGAAGGUGGCAACAGAAUUCGAAUCCUUCUCCCUGGACUCCGCCUUUCAUGCAAAGAAACAGAUCCCGUGUAUUGUGUCUAUGCUCACAAAAGAACUGUACUUUUAUCACUAAAGAAAUGAUUGGAGGUGGGGUGGGGUGGGGUGGGGCCCUGUUUUUGUUUUGUUAUGCCAAAUGAGAAAACUGUCAGGGAGACUCUCAUUUAAAUCAAAUCUGAUGUUCCACCUGGCCUUUGUAAGCUACCACUGCCUAGCAAUACAGCCACAGUGCAGCUACCUCAACUUCCACAUCAGGUAGUUGAAAUGAAACUUAAUUAGGAACAAGUAAAUGUCAAUGAUGGUACUAUCAUCCUAGAAGAAAUUACAAAGUUACCCUUUUAUAAAUAGCAAGAUUUGGGGAUACUGUGAAUUUUGAAGUAAUUUUGAAGCAGUACAACUUCCAGCGAUGAUUUUAUACUCCCUACUCAUGUUAAGAAUGUUCUUCUAGUUUUCGUUAAGUGUAGAAACAAUAAUGUCAAAUGAUAUGUCUUAGAACUUGAAUCCAUGAGCAAAGAGUCAAAGACUGGAACCCUUGUUUUGGACCUGAUUUAUGGAAGUGAAGAGUUGGACCACCAUAGCAUGCAUUAUAGCUACUGGUUUUGUGACAGUUGUCCAGAGCAUGUAUUUGUUUUGUUUUUUUUUAAAUCAUGUUUUAUUAUUGGAACAAAAAUAACUUUGAGUAUUUAUGUGAGAGAAAAACUUGACUUGUUGAAGGCAAGGUGCUAAAAUCCAUCAGCAUUUGUUUCAUACUUAUUCUUAUACAAAUCAGCUUAGUUUUACAGACCAGCAAAAUAUCUCAAGAGCAGUUAUGUAACAGCCUCAGACUGUUGAUUAUUAGAAUGAAGUAAAGGAACGCUACAGGAACAUGCUAUAAUACCAGUUGUCAAGCAGAGCUUAAGGAAAGGAGAGAUGAAAUCUACUGUAGUUGAAGAGAAUGUGGUUUGAGCCAGAGCAGAGACUUGGCAGAGCCAUGGGCACAUCUUCAGAAAAGGCCCGCCAGCUGGCACCCCACCCCCAUCCCCCCUUGUGAGUAUUGGUUUGUGUGGAUGAUGUCCAAGUUAUCAUGUGAGAAAGUGAACGAGAUCAAAAACUUCUGCAAAAAAGGUUUUCCCAGAGGGCUGAGAGACUCAAGAAAGUUCACUGGACUCCAUGUACAGAAUCUGUAGCAUGCUGACUUUUCUGUUGAAGUUUACAAAGAAAGGAAAAUAAUGGUGAUAUUUGUAUCAUCAUAAGAAGCGAAAGGAUCAGGGCACACAGGACUUGGAAAGCAUCCAGCGAUAGCCCUGUAGCCCACAGUGGAGAAGCUGCCAGCUGCAGCCCAUCCUCAGGGAUACUGCUCCAGGCUUCCUUACUGUGGAGGUGCUGAGUUACUGCUGGCUCUCCCAGCAUUUCCCCCAAGCUUCCUUGUUGCAGAGAAAGGAAGGAACUCACAGAUAGAUUCUUGUUUAGACUGGCUUUAUUGUUAACUCUUUCUAAGUGAAUGCAGCACGUGAUGGUAUUUUAAAGUGUGUUCCCAUCUGACAAUUUUAUAAAAGUUGGUUACCUUGCAUUUUUAUUUCAAAACAUAAAUUCAGAUUUAAAAU